GCGAGGUGCCGCCGAGAACUACGUCUAAGCCGAGGGCCCGUCUGGCAGAUCGGCGGCACGCUUUAGUCGGCGGAGAGCGCGGUCUACAGUGUGCGUCCCCCGCAUGUAACAUUUCGGGCCUUCCUCGGAUUAGAAAUGUGCGUGUCUAUAUGGUGCAUCGUGAACAACGUGCCACGUGAUACAGUGCUGCAAUGUUGUGGUAAGAUUAGUGCGUGUGAGUGAGAGUCAGCUGGAUUUCAUCCGUCGAUGUGCCCAGCUGAGCGCGACACUUACAGGACAUCUCAACCGGACUUUUCUCACAGCUGUCAUAGACACAACCUGUGACCUACACACUACCAAGACACGGCCUGCCAAAGCGCGGGAUUGAAAAUUCUCCGUCGUGGACGACCAAGCAGACGAGGUACGGGACUCCCAGCACCAUACAGACGCAGUAGUGGGUAGCUGCAAGCGAUGGAACCAUGGCCACAAUCGCGAAGAGGUCAGCAGCACUCUCGACGCAACAGCGGGUGCAACUCUUUGUCAGCAGGAACAAGAGGAGGCAACACCCAACGCUGAUUACAUUCCAUGUGCCGAGAUUGAACAGUGAGUGGCGUUGCAGCGGUGCUCGGAGGCUUGCUGUGGCGGCCGGUGGCAACAUUGGCUGGUGGCCGGGGACGACUGCCUCCCGGCCAACCAGCCCGCCAGCUCAAUGUUCCUGCACCAAGCGAUGAGGUAUUACAGGCUAUGGAUCUACACGUGUAACGUGGCGUUGCUGGCCGGCGCUCUGGCUUUCACGGUGGCUGCCUCCUGGACCCUGUCUGACUUCCGCGCUUCCUUGGUGCCUGGGCUGCGACUAGCAGACCCGAGUUUCGCCUACGCUGCGGCAGCGCUCCUUCUGCAGGGCGGACUUCUACAAGCAAUCGGAUGCCUGGGAGCUUUACGGAUGAACUCGCGGCUCUUGAAUGCCUACUGGGGGCUCCUACUCGCCCUACUCCUGGGAGACGCCCUAGCCGGGUUUGCCUGGCUGUUCCGAUACAGAAACCUCGUGGCUGGCCUACGCGCUGCCAUCCUGGCUACUUUCCAGGAGGACUAUGGGUCUCGUGCCGGUUACCGCUUUAUGUGGGAUAGGCUCCAAAGCGAGAACCGCUGCUGCGGCGUGCAGGGGCCAUCGGACUUCAACGGCACGUCCUGGUUACGCGAACAACGUCUGGCUAACUCCUGGUUUCGGCAGAUGGUACCGGAAUCGUGCUGUCCCACUCCCCUAAACCGCUCGUGUGCCGUGGAACUGAACGGAGCCUUCGCAAUGGGUUGCUACGAACCCUUGCUGCGAUGGUUGCAGAAAAGUGCCGACCUUCUGUGCGUCAUCGGCUUUUGUGUGAUGGCCUUCCUCAAACUGUGUUUUCUCGCGAUCUUGCGUUACGAGAUACGGGAAAUGAUUCAAAAGAUCCGUGUCCUCACUGAGUGCGCGGAGGAACCGUGUCUGGACGGUGGAAGGACCUCUUUCGCGGUAGGUGGCAAAGCGUGCGAUCAAAGUACCAGGGCACUACUGCUCGACAAGCGAGGAUCCUUAGAGACCUUAGGGUAUAAGGACAAGCACGGGAACGGGAACAAUAACGACGCUGCCUUUGACGAGUACAACAAGUCCAGUCCCGUUUAGCGGAUGACUAUGACUAUGCCUUGAAUCGCUUGAGACGACACGCAUGUGAUACCCGGUGAUACUACUGACCUCAGUGCAGUCACGUGAUAGGAGAAAGAGUAUCGAGAAAGCAAGACGGAAAUGUGCCUAAAUGCGAAUGAUGUCUCUGUCGCAACGUCGUACGCUAGGGCUGCCUCACGUAUCAGUGGUGACAACAUGCCGAAGAUGGAAGAAACGAAGCCUUCGUGCAUUUCAGCUUCAAGUCUCACGUGCAAUCAUGAUGCACUGUAAAAGAAAAUGUCUAAAGGGAACCCUAUGAGACAAAAAAAUCGCCUUGACAGAGAAAACUUUCUCUCUGUCCCUAACCACGGCUCGCUUUUAACCCGGCUAGAGAUCUUUCCAACACAUAAUCUUCUUUUAGAGUGAGUUGAUGUUUAAAGAUCAAACACAUCACAUGGAGUACAUUCGAAGUACAUUAGAAGCACUUGGAAGCUCCGGUGUACAAAAACGCAAGCCAACAGGGUGCGUCUCGAAGAGAGUGCGUUUGCACGACGGAUCUCAACGAGAGUUUGGGAAACACUUGCAACCACAAUCACACCACUCUACGAGGCCAAAGAAAAAGAGAAAGGAACUUCUUCCACCACUUGCGUACAGUGAAACAGGGUAUAGCUCAAUAGCAAGCCCCCUAGGGAUCCUCCCCCACCCACGAUGCUGUCAACAUUCCUCUGAUUACAUAAGGGACUCGGACAAAGAAAGAAAACUGCGACGGCGGCGCAGCGCCCUUUCUUGGGACACUUCUCAGCACACACACACACCACCAGAGCAGUCUUGGCCAUGUUAGUGUCUGACGGACGAGGCAGUUAUGGCGCCAUGUGCACAAGUACAAAGACAACCCCGCUCCCAAGUGUUAUCCAAACGUCUUCUCCACCCUGGCCCUUACUGUCAACCGCCUAUGAGGGAAGUAAGCAGCUAGGAUAUGCUUCCUCCCAUUCCUUCAAAGACCGCUGCAGGCUCCGUGUAAUUUCUUAAUUUACCUUUGAGUUCAUUUUGUUUGCGUUUAGACCGCCCAUACUCACUUUUUCGGGACGUCAGUCGCUAAGGUGCUGCGACCCUUAAAGUGCGCCAAACGCAGUAGAUCUUCACGUGUAUUCGGGAUUCUACCCACUUUAUGUCAUCGCAACCUACUUGUCUCACACAGUCUUCUCCCAAAAUGUUGUUUCUCGGUGUGACGUGAAGUACCACAAAAAUUAUUUAACUUUUUUUUUUAUUUUAAAAUUUAAUUAAUUUUAGUUUUGAGAAGUUAUGACCCCAUCUGGCGACAUUCCUCCUCGAAGGUCGAUUUCUGUCUUCUCACCAUAGCUGCUGGCAGUCUUCCAACGUAAGACGGUGAGCGGGGACGCGCGCUGUUGCUAUGAGAUGGACGCCAGAGCUCUCGGAGACGUCAUCUACUCUUUGGGGAAUCCGAAACUAUCAGGUUUCGCGGGUUCUUUCGCAAGCUCGUGGCAGCGCGUAGUGUUCGCUGACGGCGUUUCUAAUUUAGGAUUUAUAUUUACGAUUUAUAACACGAAAUAAAAUUAAUAUAUCUUUUUUUAAAUCCAAAGUGGCAUUUUAAAUGUCCAACAGAUGAGUACACACGAACUAAUUACUCUGGACAGGGCUUCAAACUCCGUUAUGAGCUUUUGCGGUCGGACGAGGCCAUAAGAAGGUUCUCGGUCUACUGCGUGAAUAUACAUUGAAUAUUGGCUUCUCCGUUCGUGGCAUUUUUGGCUCAAUCUUCGUGGUCGCUUUCCACGCAGUACAGGUGAAAAGACUGGGCGCAGUACGCAUCCAAAUAGCAUCUGACGUGGAAAAUUGUGACUAUCCAAAUUUAGCGCUAACUUUUUAUGAAGGAUAAACAUUUACCUUCCGUUAGGCAGGGCACGCAUUAGUGGCAUUUGUAUCUAUAUGCACGUUUGUUUCGUCGAUCGUUUGUUGUUCUGUAGGACACCUCGCUUCAAAACAUUGUUGAAAAAAGAGAGAGAGAGAGAGAGAGCAAGAAAAGGAGAUAAUGUAAAACGGUUAUGUGCCUGUUUAGCGUUUUCGAGAAGAAAUUGCGUUUUUAUCGAAAACUAUAUAUAUGAUUUAUCUUGCGUAUCUUGUGAUACCCUACAUUCGCAUACGCCACUUCCUCUUCCUACACUGCUGUCUUCAUGAGGAAACUCAAGAGCCAUCAAAGUAAGCACCCAGCCUUACUUCCCCCUCAAGGACAUUUUGUACAGAGAAGACCAGCAAGAAACCUUGAAUGUGACGAAAUCAUGUGAAAACAUUCUGCGCGACCCUCGAUCGAGUGGCGAACGCUGUGAACAAUGGGAUUGUGUCUGAGACUGACGCAAUUUCAUCAACGAAUUUCAGUGGGAAAGAUAAUCUAUAUUAUAAAGCUAUAUUCCUGUAGAUAAACUUACGAAUAGCGCAUAUGUACACAGUGACAAACGCAUACAGAGCUUAUAAAACAUUGUACAGCUGCUGCACAAUAUGCAGGUGACGAGCGAUGAAGAUAAAUUGGUAUCUUGUGUAGAUUUCUGCACCGUACACUUUGGGGCCGAAGUUCGGCGGAUAUUCCAAAUGUAUAUCAGCUAUGGGUGCACGCAUGGAAACUUUGUCAGCUUCGGCUUCCCAAGCAGGACCAAGAGCCAAAAUACAUAAACCUACAUACAGCUUCCCUCAAAUAUAUUAUAAAUCUAGCAUUAUCUCCAAGAGUAUAGAGAUAAGAUUUUUUUCCCUUGAAAUUCUGUAGUACCAGUGUGGGAAUCCAUCCCAUCUUUGUACCCUUGGUUAUCAAUAAUGAGUCAAGCAUGAUAUGCCAACCGAUUGCACUCGAAGCAUAAUACUCGAAGGGGUGGCGGAAUAAAUAAUACUGUAAUCAAUUUCAUGCUGUAUACCUCUUUCAGAUAAUGUCUCUAUCGAUCUUGGGAAAAUUCCGUAUAGAUUUGUAUCACUGCAAGGACUACUACUCGCACACUGACUUUUUAUUUCCGCUGUAGAAGAGCUAUAGUGAAGCCGUUAGGAGAGGCACACCUUUGUAGGAAUUCUAGGUAGACGACUCUUAAUCGAAAACUGAGCUUUCAGUAGGCGACAUUAUAGACAGUAACAAAAUACAGUUACAAAGGCACAGAUUGUGAACAGCUAAGACAUUUUGUAUAUAACUCGUUUGAUAGAACAUGUGGGUGAUUGUGAAUGAGAAAAAGGUCGGCGAAUGAAGGAAAUGUGUGAAAUGCUGUCGUUGAGGUAGUGUCAUUUCUUUGCUUCCUAUCCGCGUGUUAUCUCUUACCAAAGCUUGCUUUGAGUGUCUGUGUAAGAAUGUGCAGAGGGAAUUUGAAUUAGGCAACUACAGCGUGACGUAUAGACAGAAACGACCGUGCGGAGUUUCAUAGAUGGUAAUAUGCUAAGAGUGUGUUCUUGAAUUAGUUCAAUUCAUCAACCACCCCUCAAUGUGUACAAUACAUACACAUGUAUGUAGUGUCAGCGGUUCAAGUUCUAUCGAAAAUGUUACGUUUUACACAUCGAAAAGGGCCAAAUCGGCUACUACAAUUUGAGUGAGUAUCGGACGGAACCAGAGAUGGUCUCAAUAGGUAACACAAAACUAUGAAUGCGAAAAGAAAACACAAUGCCUAAAAUAUAGUCGUACGAUAUCAACAGGCAAAUCAGAAAAUCAAGGCUGCUACAAUCGUGCAAAGUCUCUUCAAUGCACUUCAGAGUUCAGACAUCACAGUAAGUUGAAUGACUAUAGUACAAUGCUUGUCGCGUGCAUCUGUAUAGUAUUCAAAAAUCAAUUAGGGGGUUUCAUCCUCUUCUAAUUUAUGGUAGGCGAAACGAAGCUUUCUUUUUGUACGUUCAAAUUAUUCUUCGCUACACUUUGGUAAAACGAGAAUUAAUAAUUGCACCUUUCAAAAAAAGAAAAUAUAUAUAUAUAUAUAUAUUUUUUUUUUGUGCAAAUAUUGUAAUUUGUUUGCCGAAGUACUACACGAAUUAUUCCCAAUACCUCCUUGAGCACAUCACGCGUGUUCGCCGCAGGUGUUUCAGACACUGUUGUUUAGUCAGCGAUGCAGAAUAUUGAGCAAGAGGGCAGGGCAGACAAAAAUUGAGGGGGAAUCUCUCCACUGCAAAGCUUCGUAAGGUUCCGAGCGUUGGAUUUACUUUGGUCACUUUUAUUUUAAGUAAUCAAAUUUAAUUAAGUCGACUAGUAAUUAAUGCUGUUUAUUAUUAUAUUUCAUCACUACAAAGUAACUAAUGUUAAUUUAACGAAUUAAUAAUUAGAAAUUAAAUUAAUUUCGUUAACUUAACGCCUACAUCAAGCCGUAGCACCAAAACGUCACAUGCCAAUUCGUUAAGUGUCAGUCACACAAACGGAAGGGAACACGUAAAUUCUAUUUAGUUAUUUAAUUUUUAGUUUUCAAUCAAUUGAUCCAUUGUUUGCUAACAGCGCCAUAUCAGCCUUUGGCGUACGCCAAAAUGCACACGCAAAGCCCAUGAUAUCCACAGGAGAGGCCUAACUAGAUGCCCUGGAUUGUCCUUUCAGUGUUGAACAUAGUCAUCCGUUGUUAUAGUUGGUGCAAUUACAGAAACCUUCGUUUUUCACACAUCCUUUUUUGUCAUCAACCACAAACUGAGGUUCACAAAAUGUCAUUGUAUCUUCGACGCGUUUGCUACAAGUGGUAUACCUGUGGAAGGUUUGCUACGAAGCAUUUCCUUUGGUGAGUCGAAGUACGAAUGCCGACCUUGUGUACAUGAAAUUGCGAAAGUGCUGAGGAACAAGUGAGUGUGCACUUUGUGACAAAAAUAUUUCUUCUUUGAGCUGUAUCUUCGAGUGUCUUUCCUCGGUCCUGAGCAUGACUAAACGGGUUAAGUUGUGCUUGCGACAAUUAGCUUUGUCGCACACUGUAUAGCACUGUGAUGCUGGGCACCAAGUAUUUUGUAACCUAUAGUACGUGCACUGAAAUCGUUGAGUGCUACGCCGUCUCUGGUAGUGCUACAAUUUUUAGCAAAAAUAAAA